CAUAGCUGCGCACACCGAUAAUUGCUCACAAGGUAUUUUGCUCACAGGCAAUACUCCCAACAGCGAUUUUUGCUCACCGAUACAAUUGCUCACGGAACUUUUGCUCACAUUGCCGAUUGCGCACAUUCAGACGCUAUUUUACGCUAACUUAAGUUAGUUACUAUUUGGAGUUGUUUCACUUCGUUUUGGCAUUUGUGAAAUUUCGUGUUUGAUCUUCUACCUACAUAUUGUGAUAUUCGUAUUUUUUAACACUCAGUUUUAAAGUUUCCUAAUCUUUGGUAAGUUACUAUUUUAUUACAUAUUAUUGUAGACCAGGAAUUUCCUUAAUUCGCUUGUAAAUUUUCUUUUUAGUGUAAUUAAGUUUCAUUUUUUGAUUAAAAAUGGAAUUUACCAAGAGUGAAAGGGGCAAGCCCAUUCUUAUUUACGCUGGAUUUGAAUAUCUUCAAUUCAGAGUGAAAGAAAACAUCAUUGUUUGGAGAUGCAGGCAAAGUCGAUCAGCGAAAUGUCAUGCACAAAUGAAGACAUCAAAUAAUGAAAUUAUUGAAGAACCCACUACACAUUGCCAUGAUUCCUGUCCGCAAAAAAUUGAAGCACAGAAAGCCCUAAUUAGGAUGAAAGAAGUGAUGACUGAUAUUGGUGCAACGCCAAGAGAUGCCAUUGGGGCGUUGAUGGCGACCGUGCAUAAUGAUGUUUUAACUCAUCUUCCCAAGCAAUCGUCCCUGCAAAGGAAUUUGUGUAGGCAUAGGCAAGCAGGACAAUUGCCAAACCCAACAACGUCUGCUUUCGACAUGCCGGCUAAAUAUGCCCCACUAAUUCUUCACGACACCGGCCGGGACGAUCCAGAAAGGAUUUUAGUUUUGGGAGAUAGCGCAUUGUUAAUGCAAUUAAAUCAGGAGGAAAUAUAUGGCGAUGGUACUUUUGAUAAAGAUCCAAAAAUAUUUUAUCAAUUGUUUACUUGGCAUGCCAAAGUAGGCAAUUCAUAUCCGCCAUGCAUAUAUUUCCUACUGCAGAAGAAGAAUGCAAACACAUAUAGGAAGAUGUUUGACAUUUUACAAGAAUUGCUUCCAGACCUCGCCCCUGUCAAAAUUUUUAUAGAUUUUGAACAAGCAUUAAUGAAUUGCGCUGGAGAUGCAUUUCCCAAUGCAGAAAUCAAAGGGUCUUACUUUCAUCUGACCCAGAGCUUAGUCCGACAAAUAGGCAAUGUUGGCCUAAAACAGCAGUAUGACACUGAUAUUCACAUCCGAAAUCAACUUAAAUCUCUUGCUGCUUUGGCGUUUGUGCCCAUAAAGGAUGUCCAGGACGUUUAUAAUCAGCUGGCUGUGACAAUGCCUGAUGAUGAAUCUUAUCGGGAAGUUCUUGGGUAUUUCCGCGCAACCUACGUUGGUGCCCCUCAUAAGAAUCCGCAGUUUCCAGUGAGAAUAUGGAAUCAUUACCAAGCAGCACUAGAAAGAUCUCCCAUAACUACCGGUGAAGGAUUUCAUAAUGCCCUGAAUUCCCUUUUUCAUUGUAGCCAUCCGAGUGUUUGGCGAUUGUUUGACGGCUUGCUAAGGGAUAUUGGGUGCAAUAAAUUAACAUUGGUUAACGCGCUGACAGGCCAAAUAGAAGUGAAGAAAAAAAAAUCCGAAAAUCUGUACAUUGCAGUUUCCACUGCUGCACAAAAUUAUAAUAAUGCCGACGACAAAGUGCAAUAUUUAAGGAGUUUGGCAAAUUUACAAUAAAUAUAAUUAUUAUUUGUUUUAUUUUUUAUUGGCUGACAGAUAAAUUCAGUUUUUGUUUUUUCAUAUAUAAUUAUUGUUUUACUGUUAUUUGUUUCACGUCCUAUUUCCUCAACCGCCUAAUUUUGUACAAAUAAAUAAAAACCUACUUAUCUAA